AUUUGUUAUGUUGAUUUUAUCAUUUUAUUUUAAAAUAAUUGAUAGUGAGUUGGUCACAUAUUAUUUAAAAAAAAAGGUUAAGGGAAAAUAAAAUAAUUUUAAGCGUUGCUGCCAAUUUAAUGCGUUCGCAAAGUGUAUGGUCUUUGGUAUGGUAAACAGAUUUAUGAUACAUUAUUUGUGUAUAAUGUACAUGUAUAUUUUAGGAACAUUCCAGUACCUUUUGGGAAGUAGACUGCCAGAGUAAUGGGGACAAGUUUUUCAAAGAUAAUUUCCGAAUGGAAAGAUCCUGCUUUGAAAAAUUGUGCAGCAAACUUGAAAAAAUAGCCAAAAGAAAAACGAACUAUCGAAACCCGAUUUCACUAAAAAAGCGCGUGGCAAUUGCUCUGUAUGCACUAGGAUCUUCUAAAGAAUACAGAUCAAUUGGUCAUUUGUUUGGAGUAGGCAAAGCAACUGUUUGCAAAAUACUCAUCGAGUUUUGCAAUGAAGUUUGGACAUCUUUGGCUCCAAUAUAUUUGAAAAAUUUUCCACUGACAAGGGCGCAAAUUGAGAAUGGAGUCGCAGAUUUUAAUGCAAUGGGCUAUCCACAAUGUAUUGGAGCAAUAGAUGGAUGUCAUAUUGAAAUUCAUCCAAGAAAGGAAGAAGCCAUUGAUUACUACAACUACAAAGGGUGGUAUUCCGUAGUACUAUUGGCUUUGGUAGACGCAAAAUAUAGAUUUGUUUAUAUACAUUGCGGCAGUCCUGGAAGAUGCAACGACUCCUCAAUUUUUGAACAAUCAUCGCUAAAGCGCGAGUUGCAAAGUUGUGCACUUCUUGAUGAAUUGAGCUUGCAGUAUGGAUCCACAAAAAUACCAGUCCAUAUUAUAGGGGACUCUGCUUUUCGUCUCUCUCAGCAUUUAAUGAAGCCAUAUCCGCAUAGUGUGACCAAUACACCCGAACAAAAAAAAUUCAACUAUAGAUUGUCUAAGUGCCGGCGUGUUGUGGAAAAUGCUUUUGGCCAUUUAAAAGCCCGAUUUAGGAGAAUUGGAAAAGGCGUGGAUAACCACAUCAAGAAUGUAAACACAGUUAUUUCAUGUGCAUGUGUUUUACAUAAUUUUUUGAUUGCUGAGAAGGAUUUAAUUUUGGAAAAUUGGCUAGUGGAAAUGCAUCGCGAUUCCAGGCGCAAUAUUCAAUACGGCACCAAUGCAGUUGACCGAUCUGAAGGAGAAUCGAUAAGAAAUGCGUUAAAGGAAUAUUUCAGUGCGGAAGCUUCGUUCAGUGCUGGAGACGAUGGUGGCGAAAAUGAAAAUGUAGCAGACGGAGCAGCUGAAAGUGGCGACGAUAUUGGCGAAAAUGAUGGAGCUGGCGAAGCAACCGAAUCAGGCAUGUCUACAUAUAUAAAUAGAAAUUAA